GUCAACAAAACUCUACUGUGAGUUACCCAAGUUCUCCGUUUUCCCCGAGCCUGGGAUUGACAUGCGUCUGGAGAAGUGAUAGGCGCACAAAUUCUUCCAGCGCUGAGAACGAAACAACUAUGUCCUUACCAACAGCGUCGCCGCCGUCACCUCAAGCGAAACCACCUCAGGGCGAAGACAGAAGCCAAGAUCAGCUCGAGUCAAAGGAUUCGCCUCAAGUUGAAGGCUCCAAUAGUGAGAUAACCCAACCUGCGCAACCUCAGACUGGAAGAGAGCAAUUUAAUGCCAUGAUGAGGUCAAUGAAAAGCCAUCCAGAUGGACACUGCAUCGGUUCGAUUGGUACCGAUGGGGUCUACAGAGAGAUCCAUUAUCUCCCUGGUCCGCCCGACCAGAUAAGCGACUACGAGAUAUACGACGCGAAACCCAUGUCGCCGGAGAUGAUCAAAGCCUGGCUUGACACACGGCCUUGGAAACAGGAGACGGAAGACAAGUACCGAGACGCUGAUGGUAGAACAGUUCCACAGGAGCAGUGGUGGAACCCGCCGCCUGGUAUGCUUUUCCCCAUGCGAUCGAAGAACGAGCGCGAUGAGGAGAUGAGGGUGUACCGCGAGGAGAGGAAGGCAAAAGAAGAGAAGAUUGCAAGGGGAGAGAUUGAAGCGGAGGUGCCUGUGGCAUGUAAUAGUAUCAAGAGUGACUAUGAUUUAAGUCCUCGCUAGGGUUCGCCGAAGGCGACGAGCAGGGCGUAAGAGCUACUACGCAUUGGUCGGUUGGGAGUGAGAUUUUGAAAAUACUCGGUCUCAUGCCCAUAGUAGUGUUGGGGAUGGGUUUGGGGUUGUCGUUGCUGCUUCCAAGUUCAUUAGUAUUGGCAACCUUGGAGAUCUAGGCCUUCGGUAUGGACGGCUCCUCCACGGAUGGGUACCAAGCCUCCGUUCAACUGCAUGAAUGAAGAUGUGUCGUUUGCUGUAGACUAU